AUGUCAUUUUUUGUUAAUAAGGGACAUGCUUCUCGAAGUGAGCUUCCGAUCAACAACCUGUCUCAACAACUGGGCAAAUUCAGGAAGGAAAAGUCCAAACCGAAUACGGGUCCUUCGAUCCCUAACUUUAUAACAACAAAACAAAAAUCUCAAAACCAAGGGUAAGGUGAAUUUUAAAAAGGCUUAAGGCCCGUUUCAAACGUCCUGCUACUGCCAUGCCGAACUAAAUUGAUCCAAUUAAAUUCGACUUUAGCACGGCAGUAGCGCGACGUUUGAAAGCAAGUCGUGCUACUGCCGUGGCAAGCCUUGCCGUGCUACACGGCAGUAGCUCGACUUGGUUUCCAACGUCGUGCUACUGCCGUGCCGAACUCAAUUCAUAAAUUAUAAAUACAUUAGAAUAUAUUUAAAAGUUUGCUAAACCGUUUCUUUAUUUUUGUGUUUUGUUUUCGGCAACAGCCGUUCUAUUCGACUGAAUUAAAUUCAACGUCUGAAACCAAGUCGUGCUAGUGUCGUGCUGCAGUCGAGCUACAGUCGAGCCAGCUUAGCACGGCAGUAGCACGACGUUUGAAACAGGCCUUACUCAUAGUUACCCGUUUGUUUGAAGCCAGUUAAGGCUUAUUCAGAAUUACACUGAUCUGAAUGUAAAGUAAUUCUAAAUUUGAUACUGGCUGUAGUAUAUGGCUAUAUGACCAGGGCGGGCCGGUAAAGGUUUUCACAACACGAAAAAAUUGUUGUAACCUGACACAACAUCUAUAUUCCUUGAUUGAUCCCCAACCCUAAACUCUGCCUAGUUUGCUUUAUCUACCGGUAGAAGAUAAUCUAGAGAGUAGGGAAUUGAGAUUGGACUCAAUAGACCUUUUUACCGAUACGGUGGCUAUAUUGAAUUAAUUCGAUUUAAGGAGUAUUAUAGGAUGCCCAGGGGGGCAUGAGCACAUUUCGUUUGUAUUUUUGAGCGCUCUUCGGGACAUUUUUUGUUAAAGUUUUCUUAGAAUAAGAUUGUAAUGAGCGAGAAGAUCCUUGUGCCGUGUUUGAAUGUAAUAAUGAUUGCCUUUUUCUAGUUUAGUAUUAGAAAUGUGGUCUUUCACUGUAUAUUUCUCGGGAAAAAGGUGAUCAUUAUUACAUCCAAACACGGCACAGGGAUCUUUUUUCCUAUUACAAUCUUAUUCUAAGAAAAGAAAAAGCACUCAAAAAUACAAACGAAAUGUGCUCUUGCCCCCUGGACAUCCUAUAAUACUCCUUAAAUCGAAUUAAUUCAAUAUGGCCGCCGUAUCGGUAAAAAGGUCUAUUAGUGAUUAUUUUGAAAACCUUGAACUGUUGUUGGGGUCACCUAGGGAGAGUUUAUGUGAAGAGACCAGUCCAGCUAGCCUGGCUGGCUCAAUUUUUAAAUUAAAAUUAACCUGAGAUCAGGCUCUAUUUUCAUUUCUCUUUGUAAAUAACAUUCCGGCGGGCAAGGCUAAAUGAAAAGAGAGCCUGAUACAAACCUUCUGGGAAACGUCUGCUGCCCACUUUUUUGAUCGAUUGACAUUUGCCAAAUGAGCCAACCAAAAUUACUUCCGCUGCAUGCUUUUUUUAGUAUGCAAAUUUUUCAUACAUGGGAAAAUGUAGAAAAUAGCUUUUAUCUUAUUUUCAACUAAAAAUAAAACAGCCAGCCCAGUCAAAUUAUUUAACUUCUUGCAAGAUUAAAGGAGAUCAUAAAGGUUAUUUCUGUUUGCGUGGAGGGUAAAAGUUUUCUAAAAGACAGCAACACAAUGUUCUAGUUUUAAUAUUUUGGCUAGGUGCGUUCACUGAUUUUCAGUACAUGAAUCUUUAAAAAUCUUGGAGUAAUAUGUCGCGAACUUUUUCAAAGGAUAUAUAAAUUAUCUCAGAGCAAACUAAAAUGAAUUCUCAAGUUCAUUUGAUUUAGUACCGUAAGUACACUUGCAAUUUGCGAAUAUACUAGAAUCCACCAACCACGAAAAUGCAUCUUUUAUACAUCCUGGUAAAUAUUAAAAUAAUGGCACUUUGGAUAGACGAAACAACAAUAUUAAAACUGCAUGCGCAACUGACCUAAAAACAAAUUGAAAAACAAUUUUCCAAACACUCUUUGUAGUUCUGUUGUGUUGUUGUUUUAUUGCAGUCCUGAAAAGCUUACUAAAUUUUAUAAUCUGAAUUAACAAGCAGCCAACGAGCGAGGACAGCAGUUUCUCUGGCUAAUUUUUUACAAAAAAGCGAAGGGAAACAACAAGCCUGUUACCUUAAAACUAGCAGCACUAGCUUUUAUAAUAAUGCCUACAAAAAUUCCUUGAACAGCGAUUCCAAAAAGUUAUGUCUAAUACUUCACAGCUGGUGAUUGAGAUUUCUUUUGCAGUGAGCGUCAGCUUGCGAACCCUGUUCAGAGACAUCAUUCCUGGCUAAACUUUCAAAUGAAACCAGUUUAAACAUGGACAGUAUUUCGACUUGCAUUUGUUUGUUGGUAAAUCAAAAGGCACCUUGUUCGAGGUCAACAACCUGCAGGGAGAUUCGACUCCACGAUACACUCACAUUAGUUCCGUAAAUUAAGCAAAUGCUGAGAAUGCUGAUAUGGACAAACAUCUGAAUUUUCUGAAUUUCCAUGGCAAAAGGCACAUUUUCCUUCCACAGGACUGUAAAACAAUAAAAAAUACAGCAAAAUCCUCCUCUCCAAUGACCGCAAAUCAUUUCCGAAGAUUUUCUAUUUUUGAGUGCUAUCAGCCACGUGAGGAAUAGGUGCUUUCAACUUCCGUUGAUUCCAACAGCCAAUCAGAUCCUGUGGCAUUGUUCUAACAGGCAAUAAGCUUGUGAGACUUUGGAUCAGGCCCAAUUUUAGCAGGAGCACAUAAGAGAGAACGUAUUAGAACUGCUAAAAUUGGGCCUGAUCUCAGGUUACAAUUUAAUGCGUUAUCUCAAUUAGGAAAUAGGGCAUGAGCUGAGCUAUCCAGGUAAAGUGAUCCAACCUGUCUAAAUAAACAGGCCAGAAAAUCCCAGCUGACAAGUUGGUAAAUACAUGAUUAAUAUUCCAACCUGGUAUUUAAAUUUAGCUCAUAUCUGUGGAUCUGAAUGGAUGGUCAUGAACAAGAAAGCGUUUUGAUGAGAUAAGGACAAUGAAAGUCAAAACCUGAUGUGAAGUUGUGUUAUGUGUGUCUAGUUACGUUUUUAGCUGCUACAUACAGGGCUAAAAAAAUUCUUGAAUUCCAGCUUGUCUUUGCCCAGGGCCAUUGCUUGCUUGUAGACCUUAGAUGACAUUUUUAGACCCUUGCUAUUUAAAAAGUUACUUGUCCAGUAAAAUAUCUUGUUGUCCUGGAUAACCCAACAGGGCUUUUUUCGAGCCUUGUACAGUAUAUAAGUUUUAAAAUCAAAGUUUUGUUUUCUUAGUGCUGUUUCAUUCAGGUCAUAAAUUCUUGGACUAUUUCCUUUCAGAAAAUUGUUCAAUUUCUUUUCCAAGAAAAACCCAAAGAAGCAGGUGAGAGUAUAGAAUUAAACCACAUAUUGUUAUUAAACUCUGUAAUAUAACAAUAAUAAUUAUGAUAAUAUAAACAUACAGCAGAAUCUCUUGUUAGUGACCACCUCAGAAAUUUGAAAAAGUGGUCGUAACUAGAGCUGGUCACUUAUGAGAAUGAGCUCUUGUAAGCAACCACACGGUAAAAGGUUGCGCUUGUGAGAGCUUCAGAAACUCAUUAAAAAAUACAUGCUUAAUGUAAUGUUAUUUAAAAAUGACUGACCAAUUCUGAAUAAUAGGUGACAAAAAAAAAGCUCAAAAAACCCAACUGCCAUUCUCCUUUCCGUAAGAAAUGAAAAUUAUUCAGCUUUUGUUUUUGUUUCAUAACGAAACAAAAGGACAAAGUUGACAAAUGAAGCGUGAAUCGAUCGUACGCAGAACGUGGAAAUGUAUAAUAAUUAUGCUCCAGUCUUUUUCGGAAUUGCAUGGAACACCUGACACAAUCUGUUCAACACAUCCACGGCACCAUUCAUGGGCCACGUGCUAAGACCUGAGGGACUUAAGCUGAGCACGGAGAAUUAGUUACAGCUGCUCUGGACAUGCCUCCACCUCAAGACAAGGCAGCCUCCCACUGGUUCUUGGGGACUACCACCUAUCUGGCCAAAUUCUCUCCUAAUCUAAGCAAAGUAGUCCGUCCUCUCCACAACCUUACACACCUUAAACAGGAAUUCCUCUGGUUUGAGCAGCACAGCAAUGCCUUCACAGAGGCUUAGGAACUAGUAUCCAAAGCACCUUGUCUGCAUUACUUUGACAUAAACGCCCCUGUACUACUUCAAGUAGAUGUCUCGGAAUAUGGCUUAGGUGCGGCACUGCUUCAACCAGCCAUUGACCCCACUGGCUCCAACAACAUCCAAUGGCAACCAGUCACCUACAGUUCCAGCUCACUCUCUCCAACUGAACAGCUGUACGCUCAAAUUGAGAGAGAAAUUCUUGCCAUUGUUCACACCUUUCACAAAUUCAAUCAGCUCCUUUUCGGUACGUCUGAAAUUACGGUACACAGUUAACGACAGUUACCUUCCAAGUAGCCAAAAAGCCUCUGUGAUACCUAAAAUAAUAAAUGAAAGCUGAUAAAAGCAUUGUCAUAGAAUGUUAUGUCUUAGAACUCCUACAGAGAUGGUCACUGGUGAAGCUUUGUUUGUAUUUCCUGCAAAGCACUCUUGCCUGAGUGAAACAUUGUUUUGUUGUCGAUGCUGACCACAUACCACGGUCUAAAAAAAUAAAUAUUAGUUCCUUUUUUACCUUCCAGGAUAGUAACUUGCAGGGAAAUCAACCUGAAAGAGGUCAUGAUACUAGGUAUGAGUACCGGUAAUACAUGUACUUGGAUUUACAAUACUAAACAACUGCCACAAUGGCUUGUGGCAGUAGUUCCUCAGGUUGUGUUGAUGCUACCAUAACAUCUUUCUGAAUGCCAGCAAUCAGAUCUGACUCACUAGAAGUUAGAUCACGAGACAUGUUAGAAACAAUAAUUAUGGCAUGAAACUGUAGUAAAGUUAAAGAAUUCGUGACACUUGGUACAAUGAAUCGUGACUUGUUAAUCUUGAGUGAACGAUAGAUCAAUUACUAGCUUGAUAGGAACCGGAAAUAUGAUCCCUACUGUGUAAGCAAGCGUGCAAAAAUGUGCAUCGUGUAAAGUAGAUAGUUAGAUGUGCCUUCCGAUCGGAAUAGCGUAAAAGCUACAAGCUACACCCUUUAAACUGAUAGGAUUUUGUGUAGGAUGGAAUGAUUAUUCAAACCUAGCCGCUCAGGAUUUACGUAAGUAAUGUAGGUGUAAUAAUGUUUUAAGCUUUCAAUCGAAUUAGGGUGUUUACUAGAAAGGAAACCACAUGCAUUCCCUACUAUAUUUUCCCACGUAUGAUUUAGUGACCAAUAUGUAUAAAAGUACCUUGAUUUAGCAAUAAACGAUGAAUAUGAAUGUGAUCAGGACUUGAGUGUGUACAAGUCUCUUAGAAUAUUGAUAGCCCGAAACCGGCCAAGUCUAGAGAUACAUACUCAAGCAGUCGACACUUAUCUGUUGGCCACGAAAUCAACUCCCGUUUACAACAAAACUUAAGGAUGGAGCAUAGUUUAAAUGUGAGUGGACUGACAUGAUACAUGUAUGUCUCAGAAUGAGGUAGUUUCGAAAACGAAGACCGAAGCACGAAGCACCCAAAUCUCGAAAACGAAGCACCCAAAACUCAAAAACGAAGCACCCACAUCUCGAAAACAAAGCACCGAAAACUCGAAAACGAAGCACCCAAAAACUCGACACCGGUCUGUCCUUUAUAAGCACGAGACCAAUGCUAAUACAGCAGGAAUCAAGGACGAUAACGAAUCGAAUGCAGUUCAAAUCUACUCAAGUUGUAAAUGCAUUUCCACCGCCGCGUGGAAGGCCCGGUGGGAGGCCAUGUUUUGGUUGUGAUCAGAAAACCGAGAACGCCCAAACAAUUUCUAGAAUGUUACUGUUAAAAGCCAGUUAAAUUUGCAGGCUUGAGUCGAUGAUAACGAGCUUUAGAUUCUAAGACGAGUACGAGAUUUUCUUAGUACUAAGUGGUGCUCGUGCGCGAACCAGCGUCAUUUUGGCGGGAAAACGUGGUAGCCGUCGUCAUUAUCGAAGCGGCGAAAACAAGAGAACAAAUGUUAGAAGGUGAUAAUUUUGCGAUCGGGAGGGGGUGUAACCUCCUGCAUAUCCAAUAUGUUAGACUGCAAAACAUUGGUUUUUUUCUCAAAAGCAGUAAAGAAGUCGGUAAAGCAUGGCGAAAGAGUAAUACGCGCGAGCCUCACACUCCGUUUUCAGCCUCGUUUCAGAGCUGUUGUGUUACUGUUCACGCGUACUUGAAUACGCCAAAAUCUGCUGACGGACGGUUUUGAAGUCUACAUAAACAUGUAUGUAUACCUGCCAACUCUCACGCCUGCGGGUUGAAAACUUCGAUCUCACGCCGGCUCACACCUGCGGGCCAAUUUCUCACGCCUGAUUGAAAAGGGUGAGUUGUUGCCGUCUUGCUUGACACAAUUUCCAAAAAUAUGUUAACUCAGACCCAUGUAAGGAACGAAAACCAUGUGUAAAAUGAAUAAAUGACAAUACCUUCCUCCCGAUCUCUGAUUUUUGAAGUGAAUAGCACGGGGAGCGAGCUCGCCUUCGGCAGACUUCGGACGUCUUCGGAAGACUUCGGACUUCUUCGGGAAAUUAUGUUCGGAAAUGAUCGUGUCGUCUUCAAAAAUCCCAGCACUCCCAGGAUAAAAAUCUCACGCUUAUAUCUCAGAAAAAGUUGACAGGUAUAUGUAUGUGUACCGAAAAAAUGCAUAUUAAGGUAAGAUGUAUCAAGUAUGGCCAAUAAUAAAAUUAAUACAGUAUAUCCUAUCUAGAAAAGUUCAGUUAAACAGUUGGCAGGCUCUAAUAAAACCUUGGGAUGGAUUUUGUUUACCUUUGGAGGUGCGGACGCAUCCGCUGCCUCCACCUGAUUCAGGAGCUUCGUUUUCGAGUUUUGGGAUCUUCGUUUUUGAGUUUUGGGUGCUUUGUUUUCGAGAUUAGGGUGCUUCGUUUUCGAUCUAGGGUGCUUCGUUUUCGAGUUUUGGGUGCUUCGUUUUCGAGAUUUGGGUGCUUCUUUUUCAAGAUUUGGGUGCUUCGUGCUUUGGUCUUCGUUUUCGAGUGCUUCGUUUUCGAAACUACCCUCAGAAUGAUAGGGUCAGAGUCAGGGUUUGAGCUAGGAUUUGAUCACUGGGGGACAAUUUGUCCCCUUGGCUAAAAUUUUGGGGGACAUUUGUAUUGUUGGGGGGACAGGCAAAUUAAUUUUUAUUGAACAUUUUUUUUACAUUCAUACAGGCAAGCCAACAAAACAUUUUUUUUCACCUGAUCCUUGAUACAAACAAGAAAAGUUAAGUUAUUGGUGUCAAGACUUUUUUUUGCCAUAUUUAAACGGAGGAUGAGAGUAACACAUUUGUAAGAGGAUCCAUACUCAACGUCUUCAUAUAAUAUUAUGAAUGUGUUUCUGACAAAGUCCUUUCUUCGUUUUGAUUGAAAGGAGGUCCAUUGUUGAAAAGAACAGAGAUGGAACAGGAUCACGCCAGAUUGCACGUGUAACCCCAUUUCUGUCCAAAAGGUGA